AGCUGAGUGUGAAGGCCAUCACCAACCCUCAGUACCUGGACAAUGUGGGCAAUCCAGCUGUGAACGGGCUCUACGACCUGGCCCUGGGGCCGCCGGACUCCAGAGAAGUGUGUGCCACCUGCAUGCAGAACUUCAGCAACUGCCCCGGGCACUUCGGCCACAUAGAGCUGCCUCUGCCUGUCUACAACCCCCUGUUCUUUGAUAAAUUGUACCUUCUGAUCAGAGGGUCCUGUUUGAAUUGCCACAUGCUGACAUGUCCCCGAGCCGUGGUUCACCUGCUGCUGAGCCAGCUGAAGGUGCUGCAGAAAGGGCUGCUGCAUGCUGUCCAUGAGCUCGAAAUCAUCCUGAACAGGUUUAUAGAGCAGUGUGCAGAUGCAACAGGCUCAGAAAUUGAGGAGGAGUUGAAUCGCCACGUGCAGGAAAUGUUACAGAGCUCCCAGACCAGGGAUCGGUGCUCAAAUGUCAAAAAUGUGUGUGAGUGUAGAAAUCAACUGGUAUCAGAGUUCUGGAAAGCACACAUGGCUUCAAAGAAAUGCCCAAACUGCAAAUCCAGGAGAUCACUGGUGCGAAAGGAGCACAACAGCAAGCUGACAGUCACCUAUCCUUCCACAGUGUACCCUAAGUCAGGACAGGAAGGCAUUCUGGAUGAAACAGCAGGUAUUGAUGAAAGCCAGUUAGGGAAGAGAGGUUACCUGACACCAAUGACUGCCAAGGAAUACAUCCUGGCUCUGUGGAAGAAUGAAGGUUUCUUUCUGCGUUAUCUCUUCCCUGGGAUGGAUCCCCAUGAGAGUUCAGAAUUCAGUCCAGACAUGUUUUUUCUAGAUCUGCUUGUGGUUCCACCUUCAAGGUACCGUCCUGUGAAUCGCCUGGGAGAUCGCCUGUUCACCAACGGGCAGACUGUGAACCUGCAGGCUGUCAUGAAAGAUGCCCAGCUGAUCAGGAAGCUCUUGGUUUUCAUGGCCAAAGAACAGUGUCAGCCAAUAAAGAUCACAGAAGAAAUUCAAACAGAGACAGGAGAGGAUAGUGAACCUCUGGACCGUUCUGUGCUGACAACAAUUCCAGGACAGAGCAUUGCAGAUAAGCUGUACAACGCCUGGAUACGCCUCCAGAGCCAUGUCAACAUUGUGUUUGAUAGUGACAUGGACAAGCUGAUAACAGACAAAUACCCUGGGAUUCGUCAGCUGUUGGAGAAGAAGGAGGGGCUGUUCCGCAAGCACAUGAUGGGGAAGCGCGUGGAUUUCGCUGCCCGCUCCGUCAUCUGCCCCGACAUGUACAUUGGGACCAACGAGAUUGGCAUCCCCAUGGUGUUUGCCACCAAACUGACCUACCCUCAGCCAGUCACCCCCUGGAACGUCAAGGAGCUGAGGCAGGCUGUCAUCAAUGGCCCCAAGGUGCACCCUGGGGCCUCCAUGGUCAUCAACGAGGACGGCUCGCACACGGUGCUGAGCGCCACCAGCCUGAGCCAGCGCGAGGCCAUCGCCAAGCAGCUCCUCACCCCCUCCUCAGGGGCGCCCCAGGCAGGCCUGAAGAUUGUUAUCAUCAGAGAUGGGGAAUUGCUGUGUGGAGUCCUGGACAAAGCUCACUUUGGCAGCUCAGCCUACGGGCUGGUGCACUGCUGCUAUGAGAUCUAUGGGGGUGAAACCAGUGGGAAGGUGCUGACGUGUCUGGGGCGCCUCUUCACUGCUUACCUGCAGCUCUACAGGGGCUUCACCAUGGGGAUUGAAGAUAUUUUGGUUAAACGUGAUGCAGACCACAAAAGAAAAAAAAUCAUUGAAAGGUCAAGGCAGAGUGGUAUUGAAGCUGUUAGAGCUGCUCUUAAUUUGCCAGAAACAGCAUCAUGUGAGGAGGUGCAAGGGAAGUGGCAGGAUGCCCAUCUCUGCAAAGACCAGAGGGAUUUUAACAUGGUUGAUAUGAAAUUCAAGGAGGAAGUGAACAAUUACAACAAUGAAGUCAACAAGGUUUGCAUGCCCCUUGGUCUCCACAGGAGCUUUCCAGAGAACAAUUUGCAGUUGAUGGUACAGUCAGGAGCCAAAGGAUCCACUGUGAACACAAUGCAGAUUUCUUGUUUGCUGGGCCAGAUUGAGCUGGAAGGCCGAAGACCCCCACUGAUGGCAUCUGGCAAAUCACUGCCAUGUUUCCAGCCCUAUGACUUUUCCCCUAGCUCAGGAGGAUUUGUGACUGGCAGAUUUCUCACUGGUAUCAAACCUUCUGAAUUCUUCUUUCACUGCAUGGCUGGCAGGGAAGGUCUUGUGGACACAGCUGUCAAAACCAGCCGUUCUGGGUACCUGCAAAGGUGUAUCAUAAAACAUUUGGAAGGGCUGGUGGUUCAGUAUGACCUGACUGUACGAGACAGUGAUGGCAGCGUGGUGCAGUUUCUGUAUGGAGAAGAUGGGCUUGAUAUCCCUAAAACUCAGUUCUUACAGCCUGAGCAGUUCCCUUUCAUUGCAGAAAACUACGAGGUAAUCCAGAAGAGAAACCAUCUGGAUGAGGCUUUAGCAAGGAUGGAGUCUCACCAAGCUAACCAGCAGUUCAAAGCCAUCAAAAAGUGGCGAGCCAGACACCAAAACUCUGUGCAAAGAGAAGGAGGCUUUCUGUUGUUUUCCCAAAAGAAAUUGGCAAGUUUGAAAGCACAGCUUCCAGGAGGUGAAAUAAAGAAUGGAAGAGAUCCUGCUACUUUACAGUUGUUGAAGAUGUGGUAUGAGCUUGAUGAGAAGAAGCAAAGGAAGUACCUGAAGAAGACAAACAAGUGUCCUGACCCAAGCCUGGGGGUUUGGCGCCCAGAUACUUAUUUUGCAUCAGUUUCAGAAACAUUUGAGAAGGGAGUUGAAGGCUAUAUCAGUAAAUGGGAAUCUGAGAACAGCCGGAGCUACAUGCACACAGCACUUUCUUCUGCUAGAUUAAAGGAUCUGUUGUAUUUAAAGUGGCAGCGUUCUCUCUGUGACCCAGGAGAGGCUGUGGGGCUUCUUGCUGCUCAGAGCAUUGGGGAACCUUCAACACAGAUGACUCUGAACACCUUUCACUUUGCUGGCAGAGGUGAAAUGAAUGUCACACUGGGUAUUCCAAGGUUGAGGGAAAUACUGAUGGUGGCCAGCUCAAACAUUAAAACACCAAUGAUGAGUGUUCCUGUGCUGAAUACCAAGAAAGCUCUCAAAAAGGUGAAACACCUUAAGAAACUGCUCACAAGAGUGUGCUUGGCUGAGGUCCUGGAGAAGGUGGACAUUGAGGAGUCCCUGCAUGUGAAACACAAGCUGAACAAGCAUCGCCUCUACAAAAUCAGAUUCCAUUUCUUGCCCCAUGAAUGUUACCGGGAGGAGAAGUGUGUGAAGCCCAGGCAGAUCUUGCACUUCAUGGAAACAAGGUUUUUUAAAGUUCUUCUGGAAGCAAUUAAAAGGAAGACUACAAAGAUGGCAUCUUUUAAUGAAGUCAGCACUCGGAAGACAACUCGGAAGGAUUUAGAUGAUGAGCAAGACAAGACCCUGAACAAUCUGGAAGCUGUAGCAGAGGAAGAAGAGAACAUUGUUGAUGCAGAAGCUGAUGAAGGGGAUGGUGAUGCUACAGAAACAAAACGGAGGAAGAACCAGGAGGAGGAGGUUGAUUAUGAGAGUGAAGAAGAGAAUGGGGAAGAAAACGUGAAUGAGAAUCCAGAAGAUGAAGAGGCUGAAUCUGAAAAAGAAGAAGGGACUUCUGGUGCUGAAGAGGAUCAGAACAGAGCAGAGGGUGAAGAUUCUCAGCACCUUUCCUUUGUGUCUCAGGCUAAAAAAGGGAAAGAUCAGUUGCUGAAGUCAGCGGAGGUGCGAGUGAGCGCUGUUGUGGAGAGCCACCCGUCCAUACAGGAUUACACCUUCGACACUGAGAGUGAGCUUUGGUGUGAGGUUUCCCUGGCCCUGCCUCUGACCAAGGUGUACUUUGACGUGUCGUCGCUGCUGGCGGCGCUGGCGCGCAGCACGGUGAUCCACGAGGUGAAGGGCAUCGCGCGCUGCCUGCUCAAUGAGGGCACCAGCAAGGAGGGACACAAGGAGUUUGUUCUCCAGACAGAAGGGAUCAACCUGGCAGAGCUCUUCAAAUACUCUGAUAUUUUGGACCUGAACAGACUUUAUUGCAAUGAUAUCCAUUCCAUGGCUAAGAAUUAUGGAAUUGAAUCAGCCCUGAGGGUGAUUAUAAAGGAAAUAAAAGAUGUAUUUGCUGUAUAUGGAAUUGUGGUAGACCCUCGACACCUUUCACUUGUGGCAGACUACAUGUGUUUUGAAGGAAUUUACAAGCCACUGAAUCGCAUUGGAAUUCAGUCCAACUCCUCCCCUCUGCAGCAGAUGACAUUUGAAACCAGCUACAAAUUCUUGAAGGAUGCAACAAUGAUGGGUGCCCACGAUGAGCUGCGCUCCCCUUCGGCCUGCCUGGUGGUUGGGAAGGUUGUCAAAGGAGGGACUGGCUUGUUUGACCUCAAGCAGCCCCUGACAUAGAGCUCUGGUGGGAACUUCAGGAUCUGCUUGAAAUGUUCAUCAUGAGAACUGCAUGUGCUGUGUCUCCAGAUGCCUUCCCUGUGCCAACAGGUUUCUUUAUCUGGAUACCCAAUGAGCCUUAUCUAUUUAAUGAGCAUUUUGAUCCAAAGGAACGCUUAUUUACAGUUCAUCAAUGUAAAAAAAUUGAGGUUGUUUACAUAGAAAAGAAUGAAGUGCAGGAGUCAGUCUGGGUCUCAGGCUGUGCAGCUGUUCUGGCAGCAGAAGUGAAAGCAGAAUCUGUUUAUGGUGUCUGACUUGUGUGGGGCAGAAUCCCGUCAGGGUGGGCAGUGCCAGUGACCAUUGGUCAUUACCAUGACAGAUUUCCAGUGCUGGAAAUGACAUUCCAGACUGGCAGGUGGAGCUGGGCACUGCUGUGCUGAACCUCAGCACUGCAGUGGAGCUUUGUGCUUGAGGCAUUUCCUCUGCUUUUGCUGUCCUGGGGUGCACUGACAUGAGCUUGUUUAAACUUCAGAGGAUGCAUUUUCCUAUUCUGCUGCUUCAUUUAUUAAGAAGAAUGUGUCUGUGACACAGUUCUUAAACUUCUUUUAGCUGAAGAGUGGAAUUCAGAGUUUUCACAGUUUUUCCAAUGCUCUUUUAACUUCUUUGGGUAGAAUAGAUCUCACACAGUGAGAGAUUUGAUUUUUGCUAAAGAUUUAUUCCUUAAAUGCCAACAUGAGCUGCUGUAGAAGUGACUAUGUGAAAGACUCAUGUAAGAAUCACCAAAACAGAGAUUGUAAACUAUUUUUGCCUAAAUAUUCUGUAUCAAAAAGGAUAUUUAAUAAAAGAAAUUGCAAAGAAAUAUUCUGAAUG